AUGUCAUCCACCGCGAACCUCACUGGUGAGGAAAUAGCCGACAUCGCCUACGCUCAGCCGCCUAUCGCCUCCGUGGGCUUCGGACGGGCUAUCGAGGUGCUAAUAUACGUCUUCACCGUCGUAUGCGCCAUCAUCGUCGCUCUCCGCGUUUGGGUGCGCACAUUCCGAGUCGAGUCGCAUCAGAAAUGGAAAGUCAACGACUGGCUUGCCGUCUUCGGCUUUUUGCCCUUUAUCCCCGCCAGUGUCAUGGGCGUGUUGGCCGUCCGCUAUGGUGUCGGGGCACACGAUGCGUACCUCGAUAAAUUCCCCCUGCAGGAGUUCAUCCGGAUUCGAGGUAGGGAAUACCUGCUAUACUACGAGAUGACAUAUUACGGCUCUUCAUCCAUCACAAAGUUCUCCAUCGCAUUCAUGAUUCUACAGAUUUGCGUGCAGAAGAAGUACGUCUACUUCAUGUAUGGCAUCAUGGGUCUCAUGGCUGUCACAGCAACUGGGUGCAUGAUCUGGCUAUUUACCAAUUGCGUGCCGUUCGCCGCAAACUGGAACGUGAAGCUGGGCCAUUGCAAGUCUGCCGACGGAUUCUUGAUCAUCAGCUAUGUCGGAACCUCGGUCCAGGUCGUCUCGGAUUGGGCCUGCGCCAUCACUCCCUUUUUCAUCGUGUAUUCAUUACAGAUGCCACGGCGUACCAAAAUCUCGGUUGUUGGGGUACUCAGUCUAGGAAUAUUGGCGAGUAUUGCGGCACUCAUGCGCAUCGUGAGCUACAAGUAUAUUGACAUCAAAGCGUACCCAGAUGACUACAUGGUCGCUGAAGGUCGCCUCCUUCUGUGGUCACUGCUCGAGUCCAGCUUCGCCAUCAUCGCAUGUUCCUUGCCGUCCCUGAAGCUCUUCACCAAAUGCUUAAACGGGUCUACCAACAGAUCAACAGGGCUGACCCCCAGAUCCAGACCAAACUAUCGCAGCGACACCCAGCUACCCCUCAAUACGCGCACGACUGUCUCAGGAAAGGCAAAAUGGGAUCGAUUACAUGAUGACGACUCGAGCGGCCGGCAUAUUAUCCAAGAAACCGAAAUCCACAUCAAAGUUGACAGUAACAAGUCUGACGUUAACGUGUCUGACCUCAAUCUAUCUGGUCGCAAAACGUCCGGAAUGGUGUAG